AUGACCACCCCGGCAAUUGCCAUCAUCGGCGGCGGGCCGUGUGGCCUCACCCUCGCGCGUCUCCUGGAGUGCAAGGGCAUCGACUACACCGUCUUCGAGCGGGACGCGAGCGCGAACUCAAACCGCGCUGGCGGCUCUCUCGACAUCCACGCCCACACCGGACAGCACGCGCUUCGCGAAGGCGGGCUGAUCGACGAGUUUAAGAAAUACGCACGAUACGAAGACGCGGUGAUGUCGCUCGCAGACAAGCACGGGAAGAAAGUGUUUGAGAUGGGCCAGGGCCGCGAUGACCCUGAGAUCGACCGCGCCGAGCUGCGGCAGAUCCUCUUGGAUGCGGUCCCCAAGGACAAGAUUAAAUGGGGCCAUGUGCUGCAGAGCGUCGCUGUUGGUGAGGAUAAAAGGCCGGUUAUUCGGUUUUCUAAUGGCACUGAGAUCUCUAGCUUCAAGCUUGUCGUCGGUGCCGACGGCGCGUGGAGCAAAGUCCGUUCUGUAAUUACUCAAGCAACUCCCAAGUACAGCUCAAAGACAUACCUCGAGUCGAGGAUCGGACUUGAAAACCCCCUAUACCAAACGGUGGCCAGCAACGUCGGAGCGGGAUCGUCUCUAGCCAUCGGCUCCGGCAAGCUCAUUGUCACGCAGCGACAGGGAAACGGCUCUUACAGAAUCUACUUUGGAUUCGAAAUUCCGGAAAACUACUACCGCGACGGCACCGUCAACCUCCAAGACAUCGAGGCCACGCGCCGCUGGCUGCUCACGAAUUUCUACGCCGACUGGUCGGAGGAAUACCAGGAUUUCAUCCGCCACGCAACCGACUUCCGCGCCUGGCCCCUCUACUCGCUGGCUACCGAGGACAUGGGCUGGAAGUCUGUUCCGGGCUUCACCCUCGCGGGCGAUGCGGCCCAUGUCUCGAUCCCUAAUGGCGAGGGCGUGAACCUCGCCAUGGCGGACUCGUUGACGCUGGCAAACAAGAUUGAGGAGCACGGCCUCGAGGACUUGGACAAGGCGGUGCAGGAAUACGAGGCAGAUAUGUUCCCGCGCGGAAUCUCUUCGAUAUGCGAUGGCAAGAGGUGGGCGGAGGUCAUGUACAGUGACGAUCCCCAGGCCUUUGUGAAGCUUAUAACUUCGUUGAUGCCGGAUGAGUAG